UCGGAACGGAAUUGGGAGUUCUAAAGUGCCAUCAUGGAUAUAAAGGGAAGUGUUCCGAAUGUAACUAUGUCGGACUUAACGUAUUCGACAGAAUUUGACAAGAACGUUACUGACUACCCGACGCAUGCCGAACUUCCAAAUUAUAUUUUUUGGUAUGUUACUUUAGCUAACCUGUGUAUUUUUGUUGUUGGAGUUGUAGGCAACAUUUUAGUGCUCACUGUAAUCAUACGUCACAAGGAGAUGCGCACGCAUAUGAACUGUCUAUUGUGUAACCUGUGUGUAGCGGACCUUCAAGUGUUACUCAUUUGCCAACCCGCCGGUAUGGUCGAGUUUUACGGCAAGGAUCGUUGGUAUCUUGGACCCAUCAUGUGUAAGCUGGUGCCCCUGUUUGAAAACGCGUCUUUGAAUGCCUCAGUUAUAACGCUGUGGGUAAUCAGUUGCGAACGCUACCAGGCCAUCUGUCGAUCCCUCAAAACCAACAUUUGCCAACUAGCAAAGAACGCCGGAUACUGUGUUCUUCUCAUCUGGGCAUGCGCAUAUUUACUGUCACUUCCGUUUUUCUUCAUGACGUAUCACGAAUCAGCAUCAUUCUACGACGGGACGGAGGUAAUGGUCUGCCGUACUCACGUUAAUGAGUUUUGGCAUUUCUUUUACGUGACUGCAAUGACUGUUGUGUUUUUUCUCCUGCCGUUUCUGAUCUUACUCUUUAUGUAUUGUGCCAUUAUCAGGAAAAUCUUUUUGACACAAUCACCAGAUGAAAAUCCACCAAGUCGCCAGCGCAAGCAAGCCAUUUUAAUGAUAAUCGGAGUAGUGGCUCUGUUUUUUGUUUCCCUGAUGCCCAUCAGGACUGUGACAAUGUGGAUUGUGUACUCUUCAAACGACGACAAAAGACAGCUAGGCUUCGAGACGUAUACCAACCUCAUUUGCAUAGCCAGAAUCAUGUUAAAUGUAAACAGUGCAGGAAACCCAAUAAUAUACGGCCUUUUGUCUUCAAGGUUCAGAAUGGCAUUUCGCCGUAUUGGUGCCUGCGGCAGACGGUCUUCAAGCAGUGACCAGUCGAAGUUUCCCACGGAAAUAUCAUCCACGAAAAACCCACGAGUUUUUAAAAUGGAACGGAAAAAAGUUUCAUUUGGCACUAAUGUGUAAUGUCCAUUUGUUAAUCAGUGUUGAUAAGUGUACUGUAAUGUUACUUGUAUUGAUAGAUACCAGAUUCUCUGUUGAUGAUACUGUGAAAUCAUGUAUGUUUCGCGUUUGAUUUGUUUUCGCGCGAGGAGUCAUUAAUGAUUAUUUUCACGGAAAAAGCAGCUCUGGUGAAGGCAAAGCUAUCACUUACCGAUAUAAGAGUGUUUCAGAAUCAUUGACACCAGUAGCUCAUCAUUCGCAAAUUUAAAGUCAUUUUAGAUCAGUUUUCGCGACAUCAUGUGUUAGCGAACAUAUUUGAAGAGGUAAGUUCGGGAAAUCUUAGUGAUUUACAGUACGUGAUGACAAAAAUCUGGUUUCAGAAAAACAAAUUCGUUGAUGUAGAGCGGAUAUUUUACCUAAAAAUAACAUAUUCUACCUCUUUGUGGAUAGUUCUGAGAUUUAUGUGAAAAUAAUUCUGGAGAAUUCAUUUGUAAUGAAUAGGUAUGGCACCAAAUAACAAGUUUCCAUAAUGGCGGCCUUGUCUACGAAAUAUACGAUACAAGUAAACGAUUAGUUUGCUUUUAAAUCUCGUAUAUAAUCAUAUAUUUAAACAAGCAGUUGAUUUAAUUUCAUACAGAAAUAAAUCUUCUCAAACGCGUUUUGAACAAAAAGUACAAAUAAAAAAAAAACAAACACAAAAAACACAUCACAAUUCGGCCAUUUUAGAUCCAAGUAGUACUAUUAUUAAAACGAAUCACACGUUCUGGUACGUCGGGUUUAAUUACGAGUGCAGCAGAUUCGUAUCGGUAAAACUGGUACGAACCCGAUAAAGGAGAGUCAGGGACUGUGUAUGGUUUGUCUAUGUUUGUGAAAUCAGGGUAAAAAGAUCCGUAGAUUUGGUCAGAAGUAAAAAUAUACAGUAGAAAUACACCACAGCGUCAACACAUUAACAAAAUAAACAAUACCACAGCGACAAAAACAAAAACAAAAAACAACAAAAAAAACAAAACAACAACAAAAUACGUCUGAGGCUUGUGUUACGAUAUUCCUAAGAUACUUUAUGAAUCACCAUAGCCCUAAAUGACCACAACUGUUGAUGUCUUAUUAACAAACAGAACCUAACUAACUAACAAGCAAACAAACAAACAAAGAAGUAAGUCAUAUGAAGUUAAAUAAGUCACCGGGUAUUGAUGGUCUAACUGUCGAAUUCUACAAAGAAUUCUGGCCGUACAUAGAAACCAUGCUAUUAAAAAGUUUUAACGAAAGCUACCAGAAAAAGAAACUAACAGCUUCACAAAGACA